GUUUCCCUAUGUUCCCAUAUAUACCGUAUCUGUAUGGUACAGGCGGGUUGGGGGGCGCUUUCUACAAAUCCCUCCAAAAUCUCUCUCUAUAGGGGGCAGCUCGGGGCGGGAUUUCAGAGCUGUGCCACAGCUGCGUCCCUAACAACUUUUUGGAAAGCCAUUUUCCUCCGUGUAGUGUGAGUCAGUAGGCUAACUAACGCUAUCGGUUUCUAUCGUACCCCCCUUUUCCCUUUUAGCCGAUGGACCGCUUCAGUUAUUCCGAAACAGGGGACUUGUUUUGCGCGAGACAACUCUGUUACUUUGGCCGUGUUCCGGUUGUCGUCCUUCGCAGUUAGCUUUGUAGCUGUUAGCCAGCCAAUGUAAACAAGCUGCAAAACGAAUGUAAACAUUACACACAAACGAUAUAAGCUUAGUGUUUGUUUUUCCCCUCACGUCAAACAAAACGACGAUGUAAUCCAGCUAAAUAAAUUACCCGAGAAUUUAUAAAUUGUAACUUUGCGUUCCUUAAAAAAAAAAAAACAAAACACACCCGAGCGGUUUCUUCUUCGUUGGUGCGAUACGAAACAAAACGCGGGUGGUUUUCUUCUUCAUUUGUGUGAGUAACGUUUAAUACAAUAAACCGAAAAAGUCAACACGUGCAAUUUUCUCCAUCUUCUGCAUGCUUGUAUUAAUGAUUUAACCCCCGAUCGUUUAUUUCUACACAUAUUGCCUGCUUUUUUCUGUUGCUUUUUUUCAUUUAAAGAAAUCAGAAAUUAGUUAAAGCAUUAGGUUUCACACACACAGAGAGACUCAGGGAAGCCAGAAAAAGCGAUGAAAACCCUGAGCUGAGUUCUCCAGAGCCGUGUGGAUAUCUGCUCUAACUGAUAAUCGCCUCUUUUGGUCACCAUGCCGGGCCCAGUGGCCGGGAGCACAGCUCGGGUCUAUGCUGAUGUGAACACUCUGAAGAGCAGAGAGUACUGGGACUAUGAAGCUCAUGUUCCAAACUGGAGUAAUCAGGAGGACUAUCAGCUGGUGCGGAAGCUGGGCCGGGGGAAGUACAGCGAGGUGUUCGAGGCUGUUAAUGUCAACAACAGCGAAAAAGUGGUGGUGAAGAUCCUGAAGCCCGUCAAGAAGAAAAAGAUCAAGCGAGAAAUCAAAAUCCUGGAGAACCUGAGAGGAGGAACAAACAUCAUCCGGCUUGUGGACACCGUAAAGGACCCUGUGUCUCGAACUCCUGCUCUUGUCUUCGAGUGCAUCAAUAACACUGAUUUCAAGGAGCUGUACCAGAAGUUAACAGAUUUCGAUAUCCGCUAUUACAUGUACGAACUACUAAAGGCCCUGAACUACUGCCACAGUAUGGGCAUCAUGCACCGUGACGUCAAGCCCCACAACGUCAUGAUCGAUCAUCAGCUGAGGAAGCUGAGGCUGAUCGAUUGGGGUCUGGCUGAGUUCUAUCACCCUGCGCAGGAGUACAAUGUCCGAGUAGCGUCUCGCUAUUUCAAGGGUCCUGAGCUGCUCGUGGAUUACCAGAUGUAUGACUACAGUCUGGACAUGUGGAGUCUGGGCUGCAUGCUGGCCAGUAUGAUUUUCAGGAAAGAGCCUUUCUUCCACGGCCAGGACAACUACGACCAGUUGGUGCGGAUCGCUAAAGUUCUCGGAACCGACGAGCUCUUCAGCUACCUGCGUAAAUACCACAUUGAACUGGACCCACGCUUUAAAGACCUGCUUGGACAGCAGUCGAGGAAGUGCUGGGAGCAGUUUGUGCAGGUGGAGAAUCAGCACCUGGUGAGUCCAGAAGCUCUGGACCUGCUGGAUAAACUACUGCGCUAUGACCACCAGCAGAGACUCACUGCCACCGAAGCCAUGGAGCACCCCUACUUCUACCCAGUGCUGAAGGAGCAGUCUCUUUCCAACUCCAAUAACACUGUAGGAUCAGAAGGAUCCAAUGCAGCUCGGUGAACAGACUUUCAGAAAGCUGAAAAAUAACUUGUUACCUCAGUUUACCCUUCGUGGCAGAAACCUCUCAAUGUGUACAAGUGAAGAUGGGCAAAAGCAGUAUUGACCAGUUUACACCUUUUACACACACACACACACACACGCAAUGUUGUCCUUCUCCGUAUCAGUGAAGGUUGAUCUGUCCCCUGUACCUCCAUAGGCUCUGAAGCCAUUUUAGUUCGGAGAUCUUGAAGAUGCCUCCUGUUUUAUUGAUAGGUGAGGAGAGUUAUUAGAGGAAUAAGGCCAGUCUCUGAACCCCCCACCCCACCCCUCGUACCGUGACCCUGCCUUUGUUUACCUUGCCGUGAAGAGUGAAGCACAGAUACCCUGCCCUCACUGUUCUCCUCACCGGUCUGUCUGUGUGUUCAGUAUUCAGACCCCAGUGUGGUGUCUUGCGCACCAUCACACCGAAGACGUGGCAUAUUGGACCUCAUUUCUCUCUGCUCUAGCUAGAAAAGUAUUAAUGACAAUAAAUGACUUUUAUUUAA